AUGGCAAGAGCAAACACCGGUGUCAUGCCGGUUUUACUUUUCGGCAUAAUAAUAAUACUACACGUGGCAGAGGGGCGCAUUUCAGUUCCGGACCUUCCCGACAGGCCUUACGUCAGGAAUGGUGACGUCAUACUUGGCGGGCUGUUCCCAAUCACCAAAUACAGCGCCACGAAGCCUUGCGGGGACUCCCUGUGGAUCAAGGCGGCGCUGCAGCUACCGGAGGCCAUGCGCUUUGCCAUCGAGCUCAUCAAUAACAGUACCGAGCUCCUUCCGAAUGUAACCCUCGGCUUCGCCAUGCUGGACACGUGCAUGAAAGAAAGCACCGCUUUGGCGCAGUCGAUGAAGUUUGCGCCUUACAACGAGACCGGCUGUCACACUUCCGGUGUCGGUGGCGGGAAUGAGAGCUCUCUUCUAAGUGGAGAUUACUUCCACGUGGCGGGAGUUGUGGGCGCAGGGUUUAGCGUGGCUAGCAUCGGUUCCGCAGGGUUCCUGACGCUGUUUCACAUCCCUCAGGUCAGCUAUGCGUCCACCAGUGACACCCUCAGUGAUAAAGUGAAGUAUCCGUACUUUCUGAGGGUUGUACCACCGGACAAACUACAGCACACAAUGACAAGAGCAAACACCGGUGUCAUGCCGGUUUUACUUUUCGGCAUAAUAAUAAUACUACACGUGGCAGAGGGGCGCAUUUCAGUUCCGGACCUUCCCGACAGGCCUUACGUCAGGAAUGGUGACGUCAUACUUGGCGGGCUGUUCCCAAUCACCAAAUACAGUGCCACGAAGCCUUGCGGGGACUCCCUGUGGAUCAAGGCGGCGCUGCAGCUACCGGAGGCCAUGCGCUUUGCCAUCGAGCUCAUCAAUAACAGUACCGAGCUCCUUCCGAAUGUAACCCUCGGCUUUGCCAUGCUGGACACGUGCAUGAAAGAAAGCACCGCUUUGGCGCAGUCGAUGAAGUUCGCGCCUUACAACGAGACCGGCUGUCACACUUCCGGUGUCGGUGGCGGGAAUGAGAGCUCUCUUCUAAGUGGAGAUUACUUCCACGUGGCGGGAGUUGUGGGCGCAGGGUUUAGCGUGGCUAGCAUCGGUUCCGCAGGGUUCCUGACGCUGUUUCACAUCCCUCAGGUCAGCUAUGCGUCCACCAGUGACACCCUCAGUGAUAAAGUGAAGUAUCCGUACUUUCUGAGGGUUGUACCACCGGACAAACUACAGGUCCAAGCCAUGGUAGACAUCUUGAACAAGUUUGGAUGGACGUACGUCUCCGUUCUUUACGUGGACAGCGACUACGGCGAGACCGCCGCCAAGACCGUGCGCAAACUGACCAAAGACUUCGGCAUCUGCAUCGCCGUGGACCGGGUGGUCAGCGACAGCUUCCAGCAGUCGGACUGGGACCUCACCGUCAGCAUGCUUCUCAAUGCCCGCAACGCCCGCGCAGUGCUGUUGAUAAUGCAUAUAUCGCCGGCCAUUGAGUUGUUUAAAGCGGUGAAGCGGGCAGACGCCAUGGGGGUGUUCCAGUGGAUCGGCAGCGACGGGGUGUCGGUGGGAAUCGCCGACUUGGGGGACAGCGCGGACGCCGCGGAGGGGAUAUUGACCAUUAGGCCAGGGUUUGAUUAUGCGCGCGAGUUUAACACGUGGUUCAAAGGGCUACACCCCGCCAUCCGCAGCGACAACCCAUACUUCAUGGAGCACUGGGAACUGUACUUCGACUGCUCCUGGACAAACGGCACCGGGAAGCCGACCUGUGACGAAGAUAACCGAAUGACCGAAGCGAACGGGUUCGCUCCGAUGAGUUUUGCCACUUUGGUAAUUGACACCACCUUGGUUUUUGCGCAUGCGCUGCACAGCCUCAUCGAAGAAAGGUGCCCAGGAGUUGUGGGUCAAAAUGUCAGCAAAUGUAUCAACGGAUCCUUGCUUUUAAAGUACUUGUUGGAAGUGGAAUUCCAGGGGCAUAUUGGGCGAGUGAAGUUUGACAAACAGGGAGACAUCUUGGCCCAGUAUGACAUAGAGCAGUUGCAGAAUAAAUCGUCCGACUACAAACAGGUCGCUGUGGCCUCGUGGGACGCUGACGUCGGUCACGUGCAGUUAGUCGAUCAGAACCCUAUCAUUUGGGUGACCUCAGAAUCGGUGAGUCUUGAGACCCCGGAGUCAGUAUGUAGCAAACCCUGUGGAAAAGGUGAAUUUUACUUGCAGAAGGAGCUUUCUUGUUGCUGGGAAUGCCGUAAAUGUCGCAACAACGAAUACCUCGUAUCCAACCAAACAUCUUGCAAAGAGUGUCCAGAACUGAUGUGGCCGGUCGAAAGUCUGACGUCAUGCGAGAGCGUCCAACCAGAACACAUGAGAUGGGGGGACAGUUUAGCUAUCACGAUACUCACCUUCAGCAUCAUCGGCAUCAUCCUGGCAGCGUUCAUUCUAGCCUUCUUCAUUCGACAUAAUAACGCUAAACUGAUAAAAGCCUGCAGCAGAGAGCUAGCCUACCUCAUCCUCACUGGGGUGUUCGUCAGCUACCUGACCGCCAUUUUCUUCCUUGCGAAGCCAGAGGACCAUUUCUGUUACGUCGAGCACUUCGGGUUCAGCCUCAGUUUCGCUUGGAUUUACGCGCCACUCUUCACGCGCACGAAUCGCAUCUACCGCAUUUUUGCAUCGGGCAAAAAGACCAAAAAGAGGCCGCCACUGGUUAGUCCCCGAUCCCAAGUGAUUAUAGCGUCUUUGCUGAUUACGAUAGAGGUUAUCAUAAGCAUCAUCACAGCAGCGGUCAACCCUCCUGGUAUAGAACAACGCAUGCCAGUCAAGACGGAAAAAUUCGUCGAACUCCUCUGCAAGCUCCCCAUACAAGGCAUCGUCGCAUCCCUUGCCUAUAACAUCCUCCUUGUCGCCAUGUGCAGCUUCUACGCCUUCAAAACGCGAAAACUGCCAGACAACUUCAACGAGUCCAAGUUUAUCUCGAUGUGUGUGUACACGACCCUGGUGAUCUGGCUAGCCUUCAUCCCGACCUACUUCACCACGUCUGCGGCCUACUUCAGGGUGGUGCUGCUCUCAGUGGCACUGAUUCUGAAUGCGACAGUUGUGCUGGCUUUUCUGUAUGCGCCUAAGGUGUACGCCAUCGCCUAUGUGGAUGCAGACACCAUACAGAUCAAUCAACUCAACCCGACUACCUCAGUCUCGCCUCUUGCUGGCAGCAGCAACAUGACGUCACUUCAAGGUCAAGGUCGAGUCGCCGCGUCCAUCACCAUGGAGCCCCGCCCCUUCACUGCACGUGAGGCCACGUAUGAGCACCAUCAUGAUCUGGCAGUAGCAACGAUAAGUUGA